UGAAUAAGCUGUUUUCGUUGUUUCAUACACACCGAAAUCGACUCGCAUCGCAUCAAGCAUUGGACACAUUCCCGUUCUAAAUUGGAAAUUUUUCACGCAAUUACUGUAAUUACUAACGUGAAAACCGCCCAAACAUGGCAUCGGAACGAUACAGUUUCUCCCUGACCACUUUCAGUCCCUCCGGCAAGUUAGUGCAGAUUGAGUAUGCUUUGGCCGCGGUAUCCGCCGGGGCACCAUCGGUGGGCAUCAAAGCUUCCAACGGGGUAGUCAUUGCCACGGAAAACAAGCAAAAGUCGAUCCUGUACGAUGAACAUAGCGUUCACAAGGUGGAAAUGGUCACCAAUCACAUCGGAAUGAUCUAUUCCGGAAUGGGACCGGAUUAUCGACUGUUGGUCAAGCAAGCACGAAAGAUUGCGCAGAAUUACUACUUGACGUACCGGGAGCCGAUUCCGACUUCGCAGCUGGUGCAGAAGAUUGCGAAUGUGAUGCAGGAGUACACCCAAUCCGGAGGUGUCCGUCCGUUUGGAGUUUCGCUUCUGAUCUGCGGAUGGGACGAAGGCCGCCCAUAUCUGUUCCAAUGCGAUCCUUCCGGGGCGUACUUUGCCUGGAAGGCAACUGCCAUGGGUAAGAACGCUAUCAAUGGAAAGACGUUCCUGGAGAAGCGCUACAGCGAAGAUCUGGAGUUGGAUGAUGCUGUUCACACGGCGAUCCUCACGCUGAAGGAAGGAUUCGAAGGGCAAAUGAAUGCGGACAAUAUUGAAGUGGGAAUCUGCGAUGCCAGCGGGUUCCGCCGACUGAACCCAUCAGAUGUUAAGGACUAUCUGGCCAAUAUCUAAGUUGUAAUUUGGUUAAGGUGCAGAAUCGAGAACUGAUUAUUCUGAUGCUGUUUUGGUAUAUCAAUAAAUAUUUGAAGGAAAUGUCUGUA